UUGAGAAAUUAAAAUGGAGUUUGAGAUGCCUCAAUAUAAUUUUAAUGAAAAACCUCGUUCUUCAUCAAAGUUUCCAUUGAUUAUAUUAGCAGCAAGGUUGAUUACUAUAGCUUGUGCUGUGGUUUCAAUAGUUGUGUUGAAGAGUAAUAAAGUUACGUUGGAUAAAGGAGCCAAACUUGAGUACGAUUAUUACCGCUCAUACAGGUACAUGCUUGGUGUAAUGGUAGCUGGAAUUAUCUACAAUACAUUGCAUAUUCCCUUUGCAUUAUAUUUCUUGAUAGCAAAGAAGCGUCUUAUAAACCACAACAGCUUUCGCCAGUUUGAAUUUUAUGGUGACAAGAUUACAUUUGGCAUAAUAGCAACAGCAGCUGGAGCAGCACUGGGUGCAACUGUGGAUUUACAAAAAAUUGUUUAUACAGAAAAUAACUCAAAGAUUCAUGACUUUUUGGGACUAAUGUAUAUCCCAGAUGCAUUUCUUGUUGCUGCAUUUGUGAGCUCUGGAAUAUCUUCUGUCCUAUCAUCUUUGACUCUCCACAAGAGUGAAUGAUCAAGAUUAAUUUAUAUAAUUAUUAUAAAUCUAUGUUGAAGAAAUUCAAAAGAUUGUAUAAAUUGUUUGAAUGUAUGUUUGAUUUACUUUGUUGUGUUGAGACCUUAAUUUCUUGGUUGAAUACCAGUGAAAUUAGUGUGAUUGUUGUUAAUCAAAUAGUAAUCUGUUUACAUAAACUAAAGAACAAUAUGUUUAU